CUCUCUUCAUUUCGAUUUCGAUUUCGAUUUCAUGCCAUUCAAUCUUCAAAUCGACAGCUUCAAGCUACUUGUUCUUGCAAUUUUGGAUCUGUUUAUGAUUUAGAGCUUUGUUUUGAUUCGCGUAUUUGAAAUUUUUGGGGAGAAAAGAUGGGUGAAGCAGUCAAGGUUGUGGUUCCAGAGUCUGUCCUAAAGAAGAGGAAGAGAGAGGAGGAAUGGGCUUUGGCAAAGAAGCAGGGGCUUGAAGCCGCCAAGAAGAAGAACUCUGAGAACAGAAAGCUUAUUUACAACAAAUCCAAACAGUACACCAAGGAGUAUGCUGAGAAGGACAACGAGAUGGUCCGGUUGAAGCGUGAGGCAAGGCUGAAAGGAGGAUUCUAUGUCGAGCCAGAGUCUAAGCUCUUGUUUAUCAUUCGUAUCCGUGGUAUCAAUGCCAUUGAUCCAAAGACAAAGAAGAUCUUGCAGCUUUUGCGUUUGAGACAGAUAUUCAAUGGUGUCUUCCUGAAAGUAAACAAGGCAACCUUGAACAUGCUUCACAGGGUUGAGCCAUAUGUCACUUAUGGAUACCCCAACUUGAAGAGUGUCAAGAAAUUGAUUUACAAGAGGGGUUAUGGCAAGUUGAACAAGCAGAGAAUUGCCUUGACUGAUAACUCUGUUGUUGAACAGGGUUUGGGCAAGCAUGACAUUAUCUGCACUGAGGAUCUUAUUCACGAGAUCUUGACAGUUGGACCUCAUUUUAAGGAGGCCAACAACUUCCUGUGGCCAUUUAAGCUCAAGGCACCAUUGGGCGGUCUUAAGAAGAAGAGGAACCAUUAUGUUGAAGGUGGAGAUGCUGGAAACCGUGAGAACUACAUCAAUGAGCUUAUUAGGAGAAUGAACUAGGUCGGGGCUGUUCUUGAUCAAUUCUGUUUUUCAAGGGCUUUCUUUGUCACUAGACUAGAGUGAAGAAUCUUAGAAUUUUUUUAUGGAGUUGAAUGUAUUUUAUCUUUAAGGUUGCUGAAGACUUGUUAUGAUGUUGGAAAGUUUAAUCACUUCCCUUUUGAGACCAAUGCUACAAAGUUUUGCUUUCAUAAUAGUGUACUGUGCUGUGAUUUAAUGAUUUAGUUUUGUUC